AUCAUUUAUCCAUGCAUGUCUGAGCAUGAUGCAGGUCUACCUCUGGGAAAUUAAAACCACAACAUGCGUAGAAAGUCUGACAGAUUUACCAUGUUGUUGUGAUGAUGUGAAACAUAUUUCCGGGUUGUACUCUUAACAAACACAUAGUAGACGUUUAGCAUUAGCAUGCCUCUCAGACAGGCGAAAGGUGGGACAUGGUAUGGCGAGUAGUUUCGCAGCUCUUUAAGGCGCAUCACGUGUGCAGCUCUGUGAACACGGUGCUCGGUAUCCACCCUGUCGCUCCCGGUAAGACAUGCUGUUCUUAUGUACAGUAGGAGGAGGUGACUCGAUCAGACUGCGCUCUCUAUAUGCGGCUGAAGACUUUUACAUGAAACAGCUGGACCCUUCUUGUCUUCAUUUUUAUUUUGGAGAGAGGAAGUUGCAGACGUCGCGAGGGGUCGGGGUUAAAGCUGCGAGUUGAGUGAGUAUCAUGAUGUUCUUUUUGGAGAAAAUUCUUUAUAACUAAAAUAAACAAUCUGCUAUUGUCUCCGUCACGUGAAGUCUGUUUUGGAGGGUGUGAUCUGGUGAAGUUGGAGCCAUGAGAUGUUUAAUAUUUGUCAAUUUAAGUGACUGAACGACACUUGUAACUCUGCAUCAGGGAACGCUUAAACGGUGCAGUGCGCACAGCUGUACGCAUAAAAUGAUCAAGAUUUGUAGAAGCCUUGGAAAGCUUAUUUCCCUACCAGUCGUGCAUAUUCAUGAAUUCACCUGUGUGCAUUUUGUGGCAACUGUACUUCAACUGAAAUCACGUGAUUGAUUCCACGUUUGAACAAAAGUCAUGAGAAUGUUGUAUUUACACUCAGAACAAGUUUAUUCCCAGUGUGGUGGUUGUAAACUCCAAACUUUCUUUGUCUUUUAAGAGUUUCCACCCUGUAGUAAGUGUGUAGUAGUUUGCACCUUUGUGCUUUUGGGGACAAUGGUCACACAGCAGCAAAACACUUGUGCUUUAGUGCCAAGAAUGUGAUCAGAAAGCAGGUCAAGAUAUUUAAAGGACAGCCAUUCAUCUUUUUAGAAAACAGCAUUGAUGUGUUUUUUGUAAAGAUGUAGAUUUUAUCAUUUCAUGCGACUGUUCAAACUGCAGAGAGAAACGUGGAGUUUGUGAAUGCAGCUGCUCUGUAAUAUUUUGUAUGUAUUGUUCAGCGUGGUGCAUUUCAUUGAGUCUGAACACAAUGUUCAUGUGAGAUGGGGAAAAAACUUCACUCACCUUCACAUAACUUCACCCCUCCCUCUUUCUCUUUACUCUGUGUUGAACAGGAUGUCUAGUCUAAAAUCCACAGUGUAUCUGGAGACAAUGCAGUAUGUCUGUACUAAAGGGGGUGUGUCCCAGUUUUGGAGCAUACGCACUCAGCUAGAUACUAAUGGAACAAAACACAUCACAUUGGUCCUUGUUGGCUUUGGAUGUUGAAGACAAUAGCAAAAGUGUAAUGAUAUCACUGCAUGAUGAUACGAUUGCAUGAAUGAUCCUUUUUUUCUUUUUGCACUCCUAAUUGCUAAAUCAAAACAAAGAACUCCUUUAUGCAUUUCGGAGGAAUAUGGAGCGCAUUGUUGUAUUGUUGUUUACAGACUUUUUUUGUUGCCAAAAUUCUGUUUGUUCAGGUCAGAUGAACAUGAAAACCCUUAUGUCAUCUCCCGCAGCUGCAGAGUUCAAAAGCAGUGUGUGUGGUUUGUGCCCAGAGGAGGGAUCCAUAGGGACUUGUCGUGUCACUGAACAAGCUGUCUGGCUUCAAAAGUGUGUCACAGUUCUGUUCUUUGCCCAGCCCCGCUCUCUGGAAUUCUAGAUGUCUCCAUCAACAUGACAUCCAAAAAUUUAAAGCUCUUUUUAUUUCAUUAUUUCUAAGACAAGUCUGCAGGUCACACCCAGACUCAGACUCCUCCUAUAUUUUUUGCGUACAGUAUGUCUUGGAACAAAUGUUUACAAGAUGAACAAAUUUGAAUACAUUUGAUAUUUUUCUUCAUAUCUGAUUAUUAUCAUCAUUAUUAUCAUGUUUGGUUUUGGCUGUCACUUCUUCUACUAAGUCAGGACAAAAGAGCAUCAAAAUUCUGAUUUUAAAGUGAAGAUGAAAUGGACAAAUUUGAAACACACCUGUGAGGCUUUACUUGUGUCUCACAGACCCUGUAAUUUAUCACCCAAUGAAACCACUGGUGACAUUACUGAACUCACACUAUGGAUAUAUUCCCUUCAUCAAUUAUUCACUGUAAUGAUUCCUCUUGAAAUUGACCUUUACCAUUUCUCAAACGAUCUCACCGUCGUCUGUGCCGUAUAACAGAUGUAUAAGAGAUGAUGAGCUGAACAUUAUGGAAAAAUACCUCCUCUCCUCAGAACAUUUUUUCAUCUGAAAUGUAACAAGAGAAGCGCCUAUAGCUACAGAGGCACUGUUAAUGAUGAUACCUGCUAAUAGUGAUUGUACAGAGUGUUAAACAGUGCAGGUGCUUCUAAACUAGAAUUUCUUGUUGAUGCAGAGAAGUUCAAAGAAGGGAAUUAUGGGUAACUAACUCUAAUCUUCAAAGAACAUCUUCAACUGGUACACAUUUUCUCGUUCUGUAUUUGUACUCUCACAGAUGUUUUCUUCAUGUCACUCAUUCUUUCAAACCUUUACAUUACCAGCACAUUCAGUUUUCUCUUUGGUAUAAAAGUGUGAAUUUACAGGAUUUACAUGGCUGUAUUCACUGACUCAUGCAGGAGCUUGCCUAUAUCACAAAAGGUUUGUGUGUGUGCUCUGUAAUGUUGAUGAAGGCACACUUGACCCACAUGUUAAAUUAGAUUUGCCUUCUGUCAGAAAUGCAAAAUUAUAUGUCAAAGCAUCUACUUGAAAUAUUUUGCGCAUGAAAUAAACACGCCCUGCAAUUAUGUCAGCAGUGAAAAGGAAAUAAUUUCGUCUCCUGUGCCUGCCUUGUUUUUUAUUAUGUUUUCAUGGAUGUCUACAUUUACGACAAUUAUGCCUUCUUUAAGAGUUUUCAGGCAUGUUGCAAGCAAACUUUGCUAAAAAUGGUAAACAGAUACGUUCAUGCUGAAAUUUUCUGGAGUUUAUCAGUUUAUCUACAGUGUCAGUCUACUUGUGGUUUAUAUAUGUCAUUAAGGCCUAGAAAAUUCUCAGGCAUAGCAUGUACUACCUUAAAAAUAGUCCCUACAAGCAGUAUUGAUCAGAUUCUUUUUCUUUGAAUUAAAUCAUCAGCACAGGCCAAUGUUCAAUUACUGCGUUCAGUCUGUGGGGGGAUAAAGGAUUGUUGUUGUUAUGAAGAACAUUUUUCUAUUGAUCAAAAAGAUGUGGACAACAAUAUGGGAGACAGUAGCACAAGGCCAACUAGAGCAGAAGAACAAGAAGUGGCCAACAAUAUACUGUAUAUGUAGUUGCUUAGUUACCAUAGUUUUCAUGCUAGACAAGCACAUUCAGUAAAAGGGGUGGGCAAUGCUGGUGGACUCUCUAUACAUUAGGACACAAUAUGCCACAAUGCGAUACAAUUUAAUACAAUAUAAUACAGUAUGAUACAGGUAAAUUAUAAUUUGAUUAAAUGCACCACAAUAAAACAAAAUUGACACAAUACAUAAUGUUGUGACACUGUAUGAUAAUACAGUAUUUGAUUGGUCUCAACACAGUAUGGAACAAUAUUAUACAAUAUAAUACAUAAGCACAUACAUAACUCAAAACUGUGAUAAUUUUUAUCCUAGAACUUGAUCUGUGUGACCUCAAGAUAUAUUUGAGAGCCUUUGUGUGUGAUAAAAUCACUGUUGUGUUUUUUUUCCCCAUGUCUCUAUAAAACUUUCACGAAUAAAGUACUGGUGAUUGAUGAGUAAUUCAUGUAGGCAUGCAGCAUACAUGUGUAAAAGUAUUGAAGUUUAUAGAUACCAUCUAAAUGCAAUAGUUUGUUCUUGCAUCCAGAUCAACACACUUAAGACUGCACACGUUUGUUAUGAACUGGUUUAACAUUUUCUAAUCAAAGAAAAGUGAUGACGUGUCGUCACUGAUAAUACAAUUGUUUAGCUCAGUGGGUAUAGCGUUCUCUAAAUCCAAGAUUCUGCUCAAUUCUGUUCUACAGGUGUGGGUGAGGACAGCUGGGGUAAGACAUCCAUCCAACAGGAAAGCACAUUUGACACAAAUACAGUGGAAGCACUGCCUGGAUGAAAAUGGAUAACACAGCCUCUGGCAGCUGGACACCAGAAAACAACCCCACCUCCUCCGCUGUGAGAAACUCCUGCCACCCCAACCUGAAGGUAGACAACUAUAAAACCCUUUCUUAUAAACUUUGGCAUUUUUAUUCUAUAUGGGAUCUCAGUUGCAUGUCUUGAAUUUGGGCUUUAGUUUUUGUUUCACUGUUUCAAUAGUAUUAUGGUAGAUGGCUUUUUUGAUGGUUGGUGAAAAAUAUGGCCAUUAUUUACAUAGUUUUCACCUGGAACCCUAACCCUUGAGUUACCCUUUUUUAACACAUCAGUUGUGUUUUGCUUCAGCAUUUUUAGGCAUUUCCGCUCGACUGUUACUUUUCAAUUAGGUCAUUUCAAAAGCUCCUUUUUUUCUGGCAAAUUGAGCUGAAAAAGCUGGAAAGUGUUUCACCAAUAUCUGUAUGUGUUGAAAUAAGUCUAUGAGUUUUUGAUCUCUGCUUACAGUUGUCGGGCAUGGUGUAUGUUUCUUGUAGGCCUUCUCAAUGACCAUGUGAAGGGCUGAGUGUGGCAGCUCUCUGUGCCCUUUGGACCCGGUAUUAAGUUGUGAAAUUUUUCUUAAACAAAGUUUGUGCCUCAGUGAAAAGGUCAGAAUGGAGAUUGAACCUCUUUAUUGGAUUAUGAAGCACACUAAAGAAACGUUAGAAAAAGCUGCUUAGAGAAAUACUUGCUAAUACAGCAGGAAACAAAUAUUCCACUUUUACUGCCUUUCUGUCCAUGUGAAUUUUCUGCUGUGAUAAUCCUGAAAUGACCUUCACAGUGCUGUGUUUUGGAUGCAACAUCCAUUUUAUCUAGUGAAAGGCUCUUUGUCUGCUUUUGGCAUGUUUUGCAAUAGUCAGUUUUCUGCAUGAGUAUUGAGCCCACAUUGUAAUUAUUAUAUUAACUGAUUAUGAAUUCAAUUACACAUGCAAGUACUGAUAGGUGAUGUUUAGUAAGAAAUACCCAUUUCCAUUCAAAAUAUGGUGAUAACUAUAAAAGCACUUAUUAUCCUCCUUUAAUGAUCUUUCUUGUUCCAGAAUUUAAUUGCUUUAUUAACUCAAAUGUUUUGAUUGUACCUCUGUUACAUCAUGAACAAAGCUAAAACCACCACAUGUGCACUGGAGCUUUUUGGAUUUUACGUUGAGAAGUGACAGGCCUUACAAUUAGUACAAUUUUCACCACACAUCACACUUUUGCAUAAAAGUGGUUAAGGUUCCCUCAAGUGAUGGCAUUUUGCCAAACCCCAAAGCCAUGAUGCUGGUAUGAGAUUUGAAGUUCCCUGAAACCCAUGUUAACAUUAUCAAUGCAGUCACAUGAGAGGCAUCAUGCCUCAGCAUUCCUGCAGGAGCAUUACAUCCUCUCAGUGUAUAUUGUGUGGUAUGAAGGGUCAUUAUGCACUUGACAUUAGAAAAGCCUGCUCUUGUAAAUGAGAAUUAUUAAUCAGCUGCAGACCACCCAGGUGGUUACCAUAGCUCCUCUGGUCCUUCUCAGCCCCUCAUUGACUUGAGAAACCUUCUCUGCAAAUCAAAUGUGAGAUUCUGUUAGUGUUGAUUUGGUCAAAUGAAUUCUGAGAAAUACAUUUUCUUUUGGCAUAAUACUCUCAUGGCAUGGUAUUGUUGGAUAAUCUUUAAGGUUUAAGCUUCUCUCUCAGCUCUGUUUUGAUCAGACGAGAUCUGGGUCAAAGAGAAAUUAGGUUAAAUUUUCGUUUUCAUCUAAAGUCUGUGCAUUUUGACAACUUUGAAGCCGGCUGUGAUAAUGCUACUUCACCAUUUGGGUGUAUGUGUAGUUUUCAUGGGUUUUUUUGUCAGACAUAAAACUCUUUUUGGUAUGGAUGAGUCUUUUUCAGUGAAACAGUAUCUCACCAUUUAUUGUUCCCUCAAAAUAACUCAACACACAGCCAUUAAUGUGAAAAUGUGUUUUCUUUCUUCUUCUUAUGGAGAGGCUACUGGGAGGCCUUAGAAAAUCUACCUAUAGUCAAUAUGUAAGCUGUCUAUUCUUAGUCUGGUAUAGAGAGUAUCUCUGAUCUUUGCAAGCCCUGUCAUAUGAAAAUGAUGCAAAGUGAAAGGGGAUGAUUAAGGCCAGUAUUAACCGAGCUAAAAUCUGCAUUAAGAGUAAAAAAUGUCAAGUUGAUGUUUGAGUGGAUAAGUAAGCUUCGGUUUGAAUAGAAAAGUAGUUGAUAUGUAUUGCCUACUUUAAGGCACAUGUCACUGACUCUUGAUUGAUUACACAACAAUGCCUCUAUUAGCUGGUGUUACUGAUCAACCAUUAGUUUUGUGUAAGCAGAUUUUUGAUUGAAGAACCACAAUAGUUAUUUUCACUUUGCACAAAUGCUCCCAUGGAAAUGUGUGUUCAAAGGUUUAUUUUCAGACAGGCAGACAACCAAAACAGCUAAAAUUUUCAGCCUUAUAUUAUUUUAUUGUUUUAUGUAUUGUAAUGUAUUAUAUCAUAUUUGAAAAACAGUCAUCAUGAUGUGAAAUAUCAUUGUUAUGCUGAUGAUACAUGAUUAUUUACACACACACACACACACACACACACACACACACACACACACACACACACACACACACACACACACACCAUUAUAUUCAAAGUCUUAAAAACUGGAUGGACAUCAGCGACACUGCACUUUCUUAGUUUUACCCUACCUUGUACAGAAUCCUUUAGAUCUUCCCUGAAGGACUAAUGUUACCUCUGGUGUACCACAGGGUUCAGUUUCAGGCCCAAUUUUAUUCUUCAUUCCACACACUCUUCUUCACAGCAUGCAGACGCUAGGCUUCUUAUUGAACACGAUUACAGCACAAAAUGAUCUUAUCUGCACUACAUUGGCUCCCCACUGGUGUUAAAUUGAUUCCCCCACCAUGGGAUGAAUAAAGGUUUAUCUUAUAUUAUCUUUCAUAUCGGUGUGGCUUAAAGUUACAUAUAAGGAUUGUUGACGCCACAUGAGUCUGCUUUAGAUCCUCUCUUGGAAAGCCUCUGGUUGUCCUAAAGUCAAGACUUGAAACUAAAGGUGACCAUGCUCUUGCUGUCACGGCUCCUCUCCUGACAACACCUGUCUGAGGAGAUAGUCUGGGCAGCUUUUAAAUGCCUUCUUUAAAUCCUCUGUUAUAGACUUUCUUUUAUGGGAAGUCGUCUUUUACUGCCUUUUAUCUUCUUAUUACUUUUGACCUUUUUUUUCUCAAUUCCUUUCUCUCUCUAUCUCUCCUUAUUGCUUUUAUGGCUUUGAUUAAUCUUAUUGCUGUAUUCUACUUAUUCUAUUGCCUCUGUUUCUUGUGCUUUUUAAUGCUUUUUCCCCUCUAAUGUUUUUCUGUCUUUUAUUACUGUUGUGUGACUUAUUUAUUUUAUUGGCUUAAUUUAUUCAUUCUGAUGCUUUUUUUCUCUUUUUGAUGUAUUUAUUUAUUAAUCCUGCUGCUUUUAUCUUUGGUUAAUGUUUUUAUCUCUGUAUAAUUUUCAUCUCAUUCUAUUGCUCAUUCUUUUUAUUGUUCUCCCUUGUCAAUCACAUGAAUCCUUUCACAUUUUUGGUUCUCUUUAUCUUGGUUUAUGUUGAUGGGGUUUGUGUUGCCCGUGUUCUUCUGCUUUUGGGUUCUUAUUGUAUUUGUUGGUUGGAUUUUAAUGUUGUUUAAUUUUUUCCCAUUCUGUUUUUUUUUUAUUUGUUUUGUGUUUUUCUGGGAUGUUCCAGCGCUUUGUAAACCUUUUUUAAGAUGUUCAUAAGUAAAGCUUUUAAUACUCUUUUUUAUCUGUUUCGCUGACACGUGCAUUUCAACAAGUAAUAUUUCUAGAAAAAAUCAGCAGGGGUCUGAAAUGGUACUCAUAGGCCUAAAUACUGAAUAGCAAAGACUGGAGUCCAUGUUGACUCAAAUUCUCAGACCGUCAAAGUUCUUUCCGUCCCACAGGAAAUGUGGUUAGGCUGCUUCUAGUUUUAAUGGCCUUUAACUGAGGGCUUGACUUCAGAAAUACCCUCCUCAAGAAAACUCUCUUGGACUUUUAAAAUAGAAUUUUCAGAAGUGUCUUUAAGCUUGGUUUCACAUUGUCAACAAAAAAUAUUGAAUUGCUGUGAAACCAGGCUUUUUAAAUGUUGCUACCUGUUUUUUUUUUUUAGCACAUUGUUUUGAGAAACUGCUUGGUUAUGAAACUGUUACUAGCUCAAUGGAUAAUUACACUUCUAUAUUGGAACUCUAAGCAAAGUUUUAAAGUCAUUAGUUUUUCCAAAAAAAAAAAAAGAUUUUAAAGGCUGCAAGAUAGCCAAAAGGAACAGAAAUUGUAAUCACAGCUUUUUUAGGUACAUUCCAAGUGUUGAAGUAAAUAUAAUACUCCAUAAACUUAGAAAAGAACCCUGAAACUCAGCUGACGUUUUCAUGAAUUGUUUUCACAUUCGAACACACAUUUUGACGGUUUUAAGAGAAAUAGAAUCAUGCAUACGUGUGUUGGUUGGUGGCACGCGUGUCUCAUCCGUGGUCGAGCUAUUUUCAUCCCUGAGAGUGCGAGCUGUGGUCACCUCUCAUCUGUUUCUAAUUAUGUAGCAUGUUGGUAGGUCUGUCAGCUCCUCGUGCGGUGAGAUGUGUCAGUGUCCUGGUGGGAUUGGGUCCUCUAUCCAGCCUGCCUUGGCUCUAAUUCUCUCUUUGUUGGUGCCUGUCAGUGUCCACAGGUGGCUUUGCAAAGACUCGGAGAGGGGCCUCAGUACACUCUGGCACAAGCUUUAAUGGCACAUUGAUAGCUUUCUUUUUGCAGACGUGUAGCUGUACUGCAAAUUCACAUCAUGUAUAUUAAAUAAGAGAAAAUGUGCAUAAAUUCAGAGGUCCGUACAUUUUUUUGGUUACCUUACUUUUAGCCUUUGAACGUUGACUCUCCUUUAAUGCUUCCUUUCUUUUGUGGAUUCUCUGAUGACUGCUUUAUUGUUGACUCUGGGGUGUGAAAAUCAAGGUGUGUAAUGAGAGCUGUUCCCACACUGACUAAUAAAUGAAAAAAAAGUACUGUAACAGUUAAACACAUUUUGAAGGUUUUAAGAGAAAUAGAAUCAUGCAUACGUGUAUUGGUUGGUGGCACGCAUGUCUCAUCCGUGGUCGAGCUAUUUUCAUCCCUGAGAGUGCGAGCUGUGGUCACCUCUCAUCUGUUUCUAAUUAUGUAGCAUGUUGGUAGGUCUGUCAGCUCCUUGUGCGGUGAGAUGUGUCAGUGUCCUGGUGGGAUUGGGUCCUCUAUCCAGCCUGCCUUGGCGCUAAUCCUCUCUUUGUUGGUGCCUUUCAGUUUCCACAGGUGGCUUUGCAAAGAGUCGGAGAGGGGCCUCAGUACACUCUGGCACAAGCUUUCAUGGCACAUUGAUAGCUUUCUUUUUGCAGAGGUGUAGCUGUACUGCAAAUUCACAUCAUGUAUACUAAAUAAGAGAAAACUGGCAUAAAUUCAGAGGUCCGUACAUUUUUUUGGUUACCUUAUUUUUCAGCCUUUGAACGUUGACUCUCCUUUUAUGCUUCCUUUCGUUUGUGGAUUCUCUGAUGACUGCUUUUUGUUGACUCUGGGGUGUGAAAAUCAAGGUGUAUAAUGAGAGCUGUUUCCACACUGACUAAUAAAUGAAAAAAAAGUACUGUAACAGUUAAAUUUGAUCACAAAAGUUUUUCAGGGAUAUUAUUUUUCUCUGUCUCUUUGCAGAUGUUUCUCGCUGCCUUGUCCUUCGCUUACUUUGCCAAAGCAUUAUCCGGCAGCUACAUGAAGAGCACAAUAACACAACUGGAAAGGCGGUUCGAGAUUCCCAGUUAUCUGAUUGGCAUCAUAGAUGGGAGCUUUGAAAUAGGUGAGUUUUUUCAUCCCCAUUUUUUUUUAUUUCCCUCUCUCUGUGCUCUAUUCAUGCACGUUUUGAAGCAUUUAGAUGCUAAUGCAAGUAAGCCGAAAAGGUGUCCUCAGCAUGUCAGCCAGCUUGACUCUAUAGCAUCCAUGCAUCCCCUUUGAGCUCGGAAUAGUCACAAUGGUCCCAAAUCUAAUUGACUUUUAAUGAGCGAGAAAUCCUUUGAAGCUACAGAUGUAGACUCCUUUAGAAAGGUCUUUUUUUGUAAGGGUUUGUCUAUUAGCACAGCAGACUGAUACUGAAUGGAAAAACUGAAAUAUCACAGGCACAUGUCAUACACACACAUACACACAUAUUUAUAAAUAGUAUAUGAUGAAUUUAAAACCUUACAGACUUAUCUGGCAGGACUGUCGAUGGUGUUCAUGACAAACAGGUUGAGGACUCAUUACAGACAUCCGUCACAAAUAUCGAGUGAAAAACUGAGCUUAGUCCACAGCGACUGGAUUGAACAUGCAGACGUGUGAGAAAGUAUAAUAGGUAUGAACACUGUGUAUCAGUGAAAUCAUUCUAACUUUUCAAUAAGACUGUACAGUUUUAAUGGAAAAACUACUUUUCCAUCCAUGCAAAUACCUUAAAUAAAGCAACGGUACUGUUUGGAGACAGUAUAAAAUCAAUGACCAUGCAGGAGCUGCUCCAAGUAAAGCCAACUCACUCUGACCUUUUAUAGACGUUUUUUCUUGAGUUAAGUACAAUUCCUUGUUCUGCAAAUUAAAAACUGUUGAGUACUUUGUAUUUAUUUGCCUCUGGAACACGGUAAAAUGAUGUAAAACAGCAAAGUUUUCAUAUGAACAUUCAUUUAUAUGUAACAGCACAGAUCUAAGCAAACCAGUAGCUACGAUCUCAGAGCAUUUGCAACAACAAUUCCAUGUAAGUAAGUCAGAGUUUCUCAAAGUCAGAGUUUUGCCCUCAGAGCAGUGUUUUCAACAACUUCCAAGAACCCCACAGUGACCUUAAACUCCAUUUACUAAAUUGUAGAGAAAACACCAUACUUUCCAAAAUAUCUGUAUAUGUGGCCUUCAAGUCCCACGGCUUCACUAGCCAAAAUGUUUCUACACAUGCCUCAGCUUUACCAGCACAACAUGACAGCAACCACUGAGGUAGUGUUUUAGUGUUUUAAUUUCACAUCUGACAAUGGGAGGCAAGCUGUACAUAUUAGUGAACAGCCAAUCCAACUGCUUAACAGUUUAACCAAUACUGUAAUCUUGUUUUUAUCUGAGAGAUAGUGUCUUCUAGGCAAAUGUGAAUGGCUGAAUGGUAGCAGAAUUGACUUCACCUAAUUUGCUAACCAAACACACAUUAAACUUUCAGAUAUAACAUCAGUCAGUCCAUCAUUUUUUAUUUAGAUGUGUUCGCAACCAACGCAUUGUCUCCCAUCCCUUCUCUACUUUUCAAAUUUGGCUCAGAUCACUGCAAACCCCAGUAAUCUUCAAUGUGGAUACGUGACCAGACUUAGUGCCUACAGGUUCCCACCUCAACUUAACGUUUUUUACACAUUUCUGUCAGACUUGGAUUCAUCCCAUGUCUCAGUUGGGGGAUAAUGUUUAAGCAAUGUAGAAUCCUACAUUGAGUUCCUCAGGCUUUGUCUCUUAUAGAGAUUUCUACCAGAAUGUUCCAUAUUUCUACCCAAACUGUUUUAUUCAUUGGACGUAAAUAUUUAUAUGACAUAUCUACUACAAAUAUUCUAAGGAAAUAGCACUGGCUAGGUUAAGUUUGGGACAUCCCUGAAUUUUAGGACUUAGGAAAGACAGUGUUCACCAUGACUGUAGAGCUGUUUCAUUGACUACAUUGUUAUCCACUCUCAAUUUUACUUGAAUCUAGUGUAAAUAAAAGACCUGGUGGUGUAUUACUUGCACUAAAUGACCACAGGCCUAGCCAUACUUACUCUGGGUCUUUGUUAUUCCAUUCAGCUAUGUAACAAAGUUGUGCAGCUAACAAAACUCUCAUGUUUGGUGCCUUUGUCUCAUCUUGUUUUCAUUUUCUCCUCCUCUCGUCUUUCAGGGAAUUUGUUGGUGAUUGCUUUUGUGAGCUACUUUGGCGCCAAACUUCAUCGUCCCAAAAUCAUAGCAAUCGGAUGCGUCCUGAUGUCUUUUGGGACUUUCUUAAUCGCCAUGCCUCACUUCAUUAUUGGACGGUAGGCUACAUGUCAUGUCUGUGUGUAGGCAUUAUAGUUUACUGUUCACCUAUUUCUUUGAUUUUAUUCUUUAAGCAACCUAAAGCCUUUUCAAAGACUCUUUUUCUUUUACUUUUGGGAGCUGUAGUCUCUGAUGUAUGAAUUUGUGCUUCACAUAGUGAGUAUCUAACAAUACUUGAUGCUUUCUCCUUCCCUUGUUUAACAGUCACAUUGGUAUUUUGUACGCAGCUAUAAGAUCGAAACAUCAGUUAGAUCUUCAGUGAAUUCAACCAAUAACCUCUCUCCAUGUCCAGCAAGCUCACCUGAGUCCACCAGAGCAGGUGACAGGCCCUCUAUACUGCCCUCUAGAGGUAAGAUGAGACUGCUUAUUAAGCUUCUCCCAAACAUUCACAGUAACUUCCUGGUAAAUAAGUUUUUUUUAAAUAUCUGAGGCAGUCACACAAAUGACUACAAAUUUGUCAUGAUUUGUGGUAAUCCAACAAAACCCCUUUAUCACUAUUGGUGAAGGAUGUUGGGCAUAGAUCAAGUUUAUUUUGAUUAAUUUCAAUGUUUUGUUAACUUGUCAAAGUUCAAAAUAUAAACUGGUAUCUGAUGUGUCCUGUUUUAUUUGGAACUGCAGGCUGUGAGCGAGAGUCCAGCGUCUCGAUGUGGAUCUACGUGUUUCUCGGAAAUGUCCUGCGUGGGAUCGGAGAAACUCCAGUUCAGCCUUUGGGAAUCUCCUACAUUGAUGAUUAUGCACAAUCAGAGAAUGCUGCCUUAUACAUUGGUAAAAUAUCCCACUUCCCUUUAUGUUUGUAAUUAACACAGCUCAAGUUGAUUAACUCAGGUAGCACAGUUUCUGUAGCAAAGAGUGUUAAGGAAAGAUAAUUUGGGACUAUAUUGGUCAGACUUAAGGUGAUUAUGCAAACCAGAAGCUUGACAGGUGAGCAAAACCCUAUAACUAGGCUUAGUACCAGCCUACCAGCUGCAGACAUGGACAAGCUGGCACAAAAUAUUUGUUUAAAUCAUGUGGGAAGAGUUAAUGUUAAAAUUUUCCUAAUUUAUGAUUAAAGGUACACUCACUGCAAAGUCCAAGGAGAGAGGAACGCUAAAUGAGAGUAGAAAUGUCAACAUUAAUACUCUUGGAGAAGUCCUGUUGACCUUGUCUAACAAACCCUCAGUGGAAAUGUUCAUUCUAAUGUGAUUUAUAACAAGCAGGUUAAUGUUUGACCGUGACUGGAUCCUGAAAUGUUAAUUUUGAUGUCAAUUCAGCCCCAAAGCUGGCUGAUAAGAAUCUGUCACCAUGGAUAUCUGCAUAACAGACCACAUAUUUUUAAAGCUGUAUGCAUAUAUAAGUUUACAACAUGAAUUUAUGUUUAGGUUUGAGGCAAUAAACCACUCUGAGGUGAACCCACCAACUCCGCUGCUGUUGCCUUUGUUUUAACUUUCAGGCUGCGUUCAGACCAUAUCCAUCAUUGGCCCUGUCUUUGGGUACCUGCUGGGAUCGCUGUGUGCAAAGAUCUACGUUGACAUUGGCUAUGUGGAUAUGGGUGGGUAAGCUGUGAUUAAAUAACAGUGUUGUGCCCGGCUUGUUGUUGCUGUAUAUUUCAGCACAGCAGUACACAAACACUCAGCUGCAGACAGUUGGCUUUUAAUGAUUAGUUGUUCAACAUGACAGACGUGAAAUCUUCAAAAGACACACCAGCCCUGCCGAAGAGAGUGUUCUCCAUCCAUUCAUGUUAUGAGAUGUGUGUUUGAACACUUACCAGAGCUCUACAUUUAUAGCCCAUGUAAAUCAGUUUGAAACCGCAUCUGUGUGUGUUUUAUCUUUACAAAUGCAUUUGCCAUACGAUAAUCGUAAAUGGAAAUAUUCUGAUUGAUGAGCAAAGAAAGUAAAGUCAUUCUACACACUAUGAUAAUAAUAAACCUCUUUUCCUUGCAGAGACAGUGACUAUUACCCCCGGUGAUGCCCGCUGGGUGGGGGCUUGGUGGCUGGGCUAUCUAAUUGCUGGUGCCAUCACCCUCGUAUCUGCCGUUCCUUUCUGGUUCCUGCCAAAAUCUCUCCCCAUGCCUGUGGAAAAACACGACACCAGCUGCACUCCAGAGCAAACCAGGUUCAUCAAAGACUCACCAACCAUGGAGCACAAAUUCAGACCUGAAGAGCCGACUAAUUUACACCAAAUGGCCAAAGGUAUGAAUAUACUCCCCCCCAAACACACACACACAUACACACACAGAGUUAUUACAGGGGGGUAAUCUGUAUGCCGUCAGUUGAAUCUUGUUGCAAGUUCUUAUUUUCCAUUCUGCUGCUGCUGCUUCCUGAGUCUCUGUUGCAACUGCUUUUCAGAGAGACCUUUACUGCCUCAAAAUGUUAUUAUAGCUGCAUGAAAUACCGGCUAUAGGCUCUUUGAUCAAAGCACAUUGUUUCUUCUGCAGAGGAACAAUUCCCUUUUUCAGUUUUAAUGAGUUUUAUUCAUUGCACAGUUAAAACUAAAGUUCAUAAAAAGGUUGGCAAAUUCUGUCCGACCAGAUCGUUUUUCAGGUCAGGAUUAUGUUCAGGGUAAGCAAAGGUUUUAAGCUGGACUAAGCUAAAUCUCUGAGAAGAGAUCAUUACACGCCUGACAUUCAACUUGCUUUUUCAGAGUAACUCAGCUUACCUUACAUUGCCAAAAAGUUGGCAUGACAUUUAUUUCCCAGCCUGAAAAUAUAUAACCAUCUGGGGGAGGGAGCCCUAUAGGGGUUGGAUGUGGAAUUUUGCAAAGUGGUGAAGACUGAAUCUAUAAAUAAAGCUAAAGGACACACAAUGAUGUAUAGUACCUGCAUCUGUAAAUAGCUGUGGGGGAGAAGCAUCCUGAUGCAUAAAAAACUCGAGCCAUUUUCUCAGCUUCUUCUGCACGUAUAUAAUUUUGAAUUAGUCUGUAAAUCCCACAACGAAUUUUAUUAGAAGUUUAUCAAAUCACACAAUGGUUGGAUUGCAUUUAUGCUAAAUCUUCUACCUGGUACCUGGAUUGAAAUAGAAAUUGAAUUCUUGGUGAAACAGUUAUUAACGUCACUCCCUUGUAUUAUGAUUACAGCUGCAAGUGGCCAAGAUGACAUUAAGCUCAUAAAAAAUAGAUGGAGCAUAACCAGUUAAAGGGAUAGUUCUUUUUGUGAGGAAAUACAGGGGGUCCAGGUUGGCUUGGCUGGCCCAGCGGCAGCAACUGCUGCUGCACACAGGGUCACUUUUACUACAUAAUGUAGCUUCUUUAAAAGAAACUUCAGCACUAAUGUUGUUGAAAGAAAAACCCUAUUUGUAGACAUUUUUAAGCAUUUUACUUUGUCAGAAAGUCACUCUGUUUUAGUGCUAUUUGCAGAUUCCAUACAUACAUGUUCCUCCCUCUGCAGCGAGGAAGAGUGUCUUUAGUUAUAGCUUCCAACAUGGUUGAAGAUCGAGUGUGAGAAAUUGCAUGCUUGUUGUAAAUGUCAUGAUUCAUUGUGGACAUAUAAAGAGGACAUGCUUAGAUACACACACAAAGAUGUAUCCACAUCGCAUAUGAUAUUCAUAAACUUCCUCCCACACAGAAUUUGUUCCCACACUGAAGAGUCUCCUUGGAAACCCUGUGUACAUCAUCUACCUAUGCAUCACCAUCAUUCAGUUCAACUCCCUCAUCGGGAUGGUCACUUACAAACCCAAAUACAUCGAGCAGCACUACGGCCAGUCAGCAUCCAAAGCGAAUUUCCUCAUGGGUAAGCAGUAUGUGUGGAUAAUUCAUGAUGUUGAGCUUGUCCGGGUGGACUUUGUGUGGUUAUUUUAUCUAUAAAUGAGCUUCAAGCAUGUUUGAAAACCUGUGUUUCUUCACUGAGAGAGGCACAUUUAAUGAUGCCAAGUGAUGAGAGCUGGACAGUCAUCAUAACUGUUUCAUGAGAGAGCUUAUGAUGAAUUUUUUAUGCUCCAAGUCGCACGUUGCGCUCAAGUAAAUGCUUCAGCUUUAAAGCGACAACAAGGUUUUCCACAAUCUUUGAUGUCUCCAAAAUGAAAAUAUGAACUUUGAGGAAAUGGAUUAAUGAGACGAAAGAUUUGGGCAACUUGAUGAUACUGGAGACAGUGGAGGGUAUUUGAUUAAAAGAAAGGUGUCCAUAUUCUCUUAACUAUCUAUUUUUACAUCAACUUUACAUUAUUCUACUUCAGUAUGAAUCAGACUUUGAUGUUGACAUGAUGUUGCCUGUCCACAUUGUUUCCUGAUCAACUUACCCCAUAAGAAACUGGUGUGUUCUUCAUGUUGGAUAGGCAUGAUCAACAUCCCCGCAGUGGCCCUUGGGAUGUUUUCAGGAGGAGUUAUCAUGAAGAAGUAUAGGCUGGGUAUCAUGGGGGCAGCCAAAUUCGCCAUAGGGACUUCCCUGCUGGGCUACUUCCUGUCGCUCUUCUUCUUAGCCAUGGGCUGUGAGAACUCCAAGGUGGCAGGCAUCACGGUCUCGUACACCGGGUAUGUGAAGUCUUCACACAUUUCGCUGCAGUCGAAGUCGAAUAGGUGAUAGGGUUGUGGAUUCUGUCUUUUCUUGCCUUUUCUUGUCUUCACAUCUGAUGUGUCUUUCAUGUGAGUUGUCGAUAAAAUAUGCAUUUUCUCUUCAUGUUGUCACACGCAGGGUAGAGGGCCUGGCUUUUCAGGAGCAGUCUCUCUUCUCUCAGUGUAACUCGGAUUGCUUGUGCUCAAAGAGGGACUGGGACCCAGUGUGUGGAGAGAACGGGAUCACCUAUGUGUCGCCGUGCUGGGCUGGAUGCACCUCUUCUACUGGCUCUGGCAGACAUACGGUCAGAUACACACAGUCGACUUUCUCACACACUGUCAGAAGAUCACUAUAUGCACACUCAAAGAAACAUUUGAAAUGGAGAUUUUUGUUUCAUACAGCUACAGAACAAGACGGAUAUACCGCUUGGAUUACAUCACAAGGCCUCCACAUUCACUUAUUCAUAAAAUAUAAAGCCCCAUUAUUGUCUCCUACUUCCUCCUAACACUUACGGGCUGCUCACACCAAGCGCAAGUAAAAUCCUCUACUCGCUUUACUCACGCGAAUCUAGACACGUGAAUGAAUAGUAUUUACUCGCUUCAGUCGCGCGUCAAUGGUAAUUUCAACAGUAAUCCAUGUCAAUUCAACCGGCAGUAUCAAGUGAUAAUUAAAGGUUUUUUACAAUUUACCAGGUAAUCCGACCUCCUCACUCACUUGCCUCCAGGUAAGGUCCUUUUUAUUCCGGUUGAAAGAAAAGGUAUCACCCACACACCGACAUGAUCAGUUUGUCCUCUAUUUUAGAUACAAGUAAAAAACAGUCAGUUUUCAUACGUCACCUAGCAACCUUCUGGCUGAUCAGUUACUGCAGUGGUUCUCAAUUCCAGUCCUCGAGCCCCCCCGUCCUUCAUGUUUUGGAUGUUUCUCUGCUCCAAUACACCUGAUUCAAAUGAUUAGCUCAUUAUCAAGCUCUGAAAUGGCUUAAUAUCGAGCUGAUCAUUUGAAUCAGGUGUGUUGGAGCAAGGAAACAUCCAAAACAUGCAGGAUGGGGGGGCUCGAGGACUGGAAUUGAGAACCACUGAGUUACUGCAACACAAAUAUCUGCUCCAGUUGAGACAUUUUCAGCUUUCGCCUAAUUCACGUCAUUCGCGCCGCCAGAGUAGCAGGAGCGUCUAAUCACGUCUAUAAAUUCAUGCGAAUGAUUUUACCCGCACUUGGUGUGUGAAGACAGUUCUGAUUUCAACAGAUCAUCUGUACAGUCGAAUAAUGAUAACAGCAUCUAAAGACACUUGAUUACGUCCUCUAUCCCAGUCCUAAUAUCCUGCACAGACUGUUGAAGGUUAGUUUUGCAGAAAAGAUAAAAAAUGUUGGUUAUUUAUAUCAGAUUUGUGCAAGUAUCCCGAAUACUGAUAUUUAUAGGUGCUGGAGUCAUGUUAUGUCACAGCAGCAUGCCUAUGAUACAUUGUUUUCUGCUGUCCAGUGUUGCUGAUGUCUGGUGGAUCUGCACUAUCCAUCAAUGAUAAACUCUUUUUUUUCUCCCAGGUGUUUGAUAAUUGCACCUGUGUAGCACUGGCUGACACCCAACUAGGCAACCUGACAGCCACUCUGGGCCAGUGUCCACGCAGAGACAGCUGUGACAAAAUCUUUCCAUACUUCCUGGUUCUGUCUGUGGUCAGCUCCUUCAUCAUCUCUCUAGGGGGGACACCUGGCUUUGUGCUGCUUGUCAGGUCUGUCCAAAAACCUUCUUUGUGGACCUGCCUGAAAUAUUGGAAUUGCUUUUCAUAUUUUAUAUGCAGUCCUUUGUUGUAGCAAUACAUCAUCUGGUCAUUUUUGGACAGGCAGUAGUUCCUGCUGUUUUUUUAAUUUGUGAGAGCCCUCUCAGUCUCAUCAGUUGAGACUUUUAACACAAAUCCAAAACACCCCAAAAUUUGAGUUCACUUUAUAGAGUUGCUCAACUUCCAAAGUAAUUCCUAGCCUUUACAUGACAUCAAUCUCCGUGUCACCUUUUUUUGUGUGGCAUAAAAGUUUCCUUUAACCUCUCCUUACUGUUUUUGUAGGUGCAUUAAACCGGAGCUGAAAUCCCUUGCUCUUGGAAUCCACACAUUGGCCACUCGCACACUCGGUGAGAACUGUCUUUCGUGGUUUCUUUUCAUGGUCCUCUUAAAGUAAAUGUCAAGAACUCACAAAUCUCCUUAGAGCUGACAUUCAUAAGACUGACUGUGAGCCAAAGUACUGAAAUAGAAAGCCUGAAUUUAUUUGACUAAAUAAGACAAACUCAUUAACAUUUUCCUAUAUUAUAGUGUUUACAAUGUUUACAUCAUCUUGUAGCAUCUCUCCAUUUAAAAACUUGUGUAAAUUGCACAACAGCUGGAAUCCCUGCACCAAUAUACUUUGGAGCCAUAAUUGACACAACGUGCCUCAAGUGGGGAUACAAGAUGUGUGCAGGAAGAGGAGCAUGCAGAAUAUAUAACACAUCAUCUUACAGGUAAUUUGAUCCAUAGAGCUGUUGCUGUAAAAUUCUGUAUGCAUUAUUCACGAGGAUGUCAGGUACUUGACCCGAGAGUUAAUACUUAAAUCUAAAAGCAUCCAGGCUGUUGCGUGUCUUCUUUGCAGCCAAAUUAUCCUACUAAAAGUAUAAACAAAAAUAUGUAAAGGUACUCUUGUUCUACCCUUUACAAAUGGUAAGAUGAAAUGAUAUGAAUGAUACAGCAUGUUUGGCACAAGGCUGGAGGCUGAAUCAGGGCCAUGUUUUUAUGUAUCUUGAUUUAGAGAUUAGAGAUUACUUUGAAAAUGCAUCUGCUGAAGGUGACCUUAACCAAAGCCCCAAAUGAGAUAGUUUACUCUAAGGACUCCUGUUGUGUCCUAUGAUGAGAAAAACUGUGCUCCAAAAUUUGCUUUUUUAUUUGUAAAAAGCGCACUCAAAUAUUUUGUACAAAGUUAUAUGCAUGUUUUUAUUUAAUCUAUACAACAUAUGUUGUAAGUGUUACAGUAAAAUUCAUCGAGGUUAACCACUGUUUAUGUCUUCUUUUUUCAGGAUAGUGUACCUGGGCUUGACAUUAGGCUUGAGAACAAUCUCCUUCUUCCUCUGUAUCCCAGGCUUUGCUCUCCUCAAAAGACACACUAAGAGGGAGGAGAUAAACGCUCUAACUAAUGGGAGUGCAGAGUUAGAGACACUUCAGAAAGAGGACAGUAGCUUCACAAACUGUGAGCAGUUCAUACCCACCUCAGAUCGCAACCCCGAGAGGGAAACGCGCUUAUGAGCCUUAGCACAACCAUGUCUCGCUUGACCAAGUUCCAUAGAGCACAUCGCAUGUACAGAGAAUCACUGUGGACACUUUCGUAGCACAUUCAGUAAAUAUUUGUACAGGAUUUGUGUAGACAUACAAUUUUUUUAAUUUUUAUUUCUGAAAUGUACACAUGUCUGUUGAUGUGUUUUUCAUGAGAAUUACAACCUUUUGUAGAAACUGAAAAAAAAAAUGUACCUGUGCUGUAUUUUAUAAUGUUGUCAUCAUUUUUAUGAAUAAAUUUGAUCAAAUGACAUAAAAGGCUACAGUGAAUAUUUGAAGUGCCUUAAAGAGAUAUUAAAA